AACUUUACGACUGCGAUCAUCUCUCCCCUCAUUCUUGUCCUCUCAAGGCUAAGCCAUGCCUAGCUCUUUCAAUCUGUCCAUACAGGGCUUUGUUUCCAGUCCCUUGGUCAUCCGUAUUGCCCUCCUCUGAACGUUUUCCAUUUUGUCUGCAUCCUUCUUGAAGCAUGGUGCCCAGAACUGGACACAGCACUCCAGAGGGGCCUAAGAGUCUUAAGAUGGCAGUGCUGGAAGCAGGCUGUUUGCAGACUACUGAGCUGGGGAGGAAGGUGAUGGCACAGACAAGGCCUCUUCUUCGCCUCAGCAACAGACAUCACAAUUAAAAAGGGCUGUCUAAGGCAAAGGGUGCUGUGCACGGACAGCUCCCCCUCAGGGAGAGUGCAAGUUAUAAACUUCUAUAUAGCCUCAAGUGCCUGAUCCUGCCUAUUCUUUGAAGCUAAGCAAGAUCGAUGGCAAGUGAGAACCAGACCAAGCACCCCGAUUUCCUCCUCCUGGGUUUAGCCAGUUGGCCAGAACACGAGCAUUUGUUCUUGGCCCUGUUCUUCACCCUGUACUUGCUGAACAUGCUGGGCAACCUGCUGAUCAUCCUCCUGAUCUGCUCCAAUGGCCAGCUCCUCCAUGCGCCCAUGUACUUCUUCCUCAGCCACUUCUCCUUCAUGGAUAUCAGCGUCACUUCCACCACCAUCCCCAAGAUGCUGCACAACCUUUACAUGGGCCGCAAGAACAUCACUUAUGCCAGCUGCCUGGCCCAGAUGUACUUCUUCAUGGCCUUUGACCCCACCAAGAACUUCCUCUUGGGUGCCAUGGCUUUGGACUGCUGUAUGGCCAUCUGUCAGCCCUUGCACUACCCUGUGGUGAUGAGCCCAACACGGUGCCACAUCAUGGUGUCCAUAGCGUGGCUGCUGGCCCACCUCCACUCCCUCAUGCACACUGUCCUGAUGUCCCAGCAAUCCUUCUGUGACCAAGACAUCCACCAUUUCUUCUGUGAUUCCCAGCCAUUGCUGGUGAUGGCUUGCUCUGAGAAGCACCUUAAUGAGAUGCUGAACUUUUUUGAAGGUGGCAUCAUCAUUAUAGGCAACUUCCUCCUCAUCCUAGUCUCCUAUGCUCUAAUUGUUCAUGCUGUGCUGUGGGUGCCCUCUGCCCAAGGCCAGGGAAAGGCCUUCCAAACCUGUGCCUCUCACCUGAUCGUGGUAACCCUCUUCUACGGCACAGCCAUCGGGGUCUACUUCCAGUCUCUCUCCACCUACUCUGGGGACAAGGACAAGGUGGCCACUGUCAUGUACACUGUGGUGACACCUAUGCUCAACCUCUUCAUCUACAGCCUGAGGAACGCAGACAUGAAAGCUGCACUCCACAGAUCUCUGGCAAAACUAAGGAAUGUUUUAAGCAAGCCAGGUGAUGUCAAAAUUGACUGGAAGGAGGUUGUGGCGAUCAGGACUGCUAAAAGGAAGCAAUGCUUGGCACAAUGCAUGGUUGCACUACAGAACCCACUUCCGUGA